AUGUCUUCGCAACCGCUUCUCCAAACAGCACCUGGCAAGCGCAUCGCCCUGCCCACUCGCGUUGAGCCCAAGGUCUUCUUCGCCAACGAGCGUACUUUUCUCAGCUGGCUGAACUUCACCGUCAUCCUGGGCGGUCUUGCCGUCGGUCUCCUUAACUUUGGUGACAAGGUCGGUCAGAUCUCUGCUGGUCUCUUUACUCUGGUCGCCAUGGCUACUAUGAUUUACGCCCUGGUCACCUUCCACUGGAGAGCAAAGAGCAUUCGCAUGAGAGGUCAGAGCGGCUUCGACGACCGCUUCGGUCCCACGGUCCUGGCCAUUGCUCUGUUGGCUGCUGUUAUUGUCAACUUCGUCCUUCGUGUGACUGGAGCUGGUGGCAGCCACAAGUGA